AUGUCUUCCACCACUUCUACCAUGCAUACAGCGGCCUAUGACAAUCUGCUAGCGGUUUAUCGUUCAACUUCUAUCCUCAGUGUCCUCGCAGGCAUCGCCGGUAUCUUGGUUCUACGCAGUACCUUGCGCACAGUUCGAAGGAAACUCAAGACUACCAGUCUUCGCGGGCCACCUGGAACGCACCCCGUAUUCGGGGCGUCGAAAGAUCUCUUCGAGGCACCAGACACAGGGGAGAUCUUUGAAACAUGGGCCGAAGAAUAUGGUGUAGCAUACGAGGUCCCAACGAGUUUCGGCGGGACGAAGAUCAUGCUCGUGCGAUCCAAGAGCCCUCGCACAUUACUACGCCCGGGAAACCUUGACAUAUGUGCUAACCGACUCGGCCAGAGUAUUCCUCGAACGCGGGUUCGGGAGAGGAAUACUGUGGUCGCACUGGAGACGAUCACAAGAGGUAGCUUCAAUAUACCAAAACCAGAAAUAACGUGCUUACCUUUGUUCCUCAGACAACGCAAAUCCUUGUCGCCUGCAUUCAGCCACGCCGCUUUGCGGAAGCUCGCCCAUGUAUUCUACAACUGUGCUCACAAAACGAAAGCCGGUUGGGACGCUCUGAUCGACAUGAGUGGCGGUGAAAGUGCUUUCAUCGAAAUUCAGGAUUGGAUGAACCAUAUCUCCCUGGACACCAUUGGCAUGGCAGGGUUCUCCCAUGAAUUCGAUUCUCUCGAUGGUAAACCGGCCACGAUCCAACAAGUGUUCAGUGCCUUCGACGCGUCGGCUAAGCAAUCGUUCGUCGAUGUUGCAGUUGUCCUCUUCGCAGAUGUGUUCCCCGUGUUUUCUUACGUACCGGUAUCUUGUGUUAAAUCACUCACUGACAUGCAAAAUACGUUGUCGGGUAUCGCAAAGAAACUCCUAGACAGGGUGGAGAAGGAAAAGAAGGAGGGAGUUAUUGACGGCAAAGAGGACAAGUCGAUCAUCGGAGUGCUUAUCAAAGCUACUGAGGCAGAGGGCGGACGACAUGUGACCUCAGAAGAAGUGCUGUCAUCGAUGAAAGAAUUACUUCUUGCUGGUUACAUCACUACAUCGAAUAGCAUGACUUGGGCAUUGGUUGAACUUGCCCGUAACCCGGAUAUUCAAGGCAAACUGCGGGACGAGCUUUUGGCCUUCGGUUCUGAGCCAACGUACGACCAGUUGCAGAGUAGCCUGACACUUCCUUACCUCGACGCUGUGGUACACGAGUCCCUCCGCAUCCAUCCCCCCCUGACAGAUUUUGUCCGCGUGGCGACGGAGGACGACGUUAUCCCUCUCUCGGAGCCUGUCAUUACUAAGUCUGGCCAAGCCAUCAAUAGCAUCUCUGUAGCACGUGGCACGAAAAUCGGGCUACCGAUGGCAUGCAUCAACCGAUCCACUGCCAUCUGGGGACCAGACGCGAAAGUCUUCCGCCCAGAGCGUUGGCUUGAGAAAGAUGGUAUCCCAAAGAAGGCACAGGAUGUCCAAGGAUACCGUCACCUCUUGACCUUCGCUGAUGGGCCAAGGAAUUGUCUUGGAAAGGGCUUUGCGGUAUCCGAAAUGAAGGCGGUGCUGUCUGUGCUGGUGAAGAGUUUCGUGUUCGAGAUGAGGGACGGUCCGAACACACAAAUUGAGCUGUGCAGAGGAAUACUACCCAGGCCCCGAGUAGUCGGUGAAGAAGGCGCGGCGAUGCCAUUGCGCGUGACCCGGUACGAGGGCUGUUGA